CAAAACUCCCAUUUUUUGUGCCAUUCCUUAGCCCUCCAAACUCACCUCCCUCCGCCGGAUCGGAAAAGAUGGCCAGCGUCGCCGCCCAUGCCUCCACCUUCGUCUUCCGCCCAUGCGCCUCCAAGACUCGGUUCCUGACCGGCUCUUCUUCCAGACUUAACCGGGAAAUCUCCGCUAGACCGGCCACAUCUUCGUCACCCAGCUCAUUCAAAGUCGAAGCCAAGAAGGGUGAAUGGCUCCCGGGCUUGCCCUCGCCAGCCUACCUCAAUGGCAGUCUACCAGGAGACAACGGAUUCGACCCCUUGGCGCUGGCGGAGGACCCGGAGAACUUGAGAUGGUACGUACAGGCAGAGCUCGUGAAUGGGCGUUGGGCCAUGUUGGGAGUUGUCGGAAUGCUGCUGCCGGAAGUGUUCACGAAGAUAGGGAUAAUCAACGCGCCCAAGUGGUACGACGCCGGGAAGGCAGAGUACUUCGCCUCGUCGUCAACGCUUUUCGUGAUCGAGUUCAUCUUGUUCCACUACGUGGAGAUCCGGCGGUGGCAGGACAUCAAGAACCCAGGAAGCGUGAACCAGGAUCCCAUCUUCAAGAACUACAGCCUGCCUCCCAAUGAGUGUGGAUACCCUGGUGGCAUCUUCAACCCCCUCAACUUUGCCCCCACACUAGAGGCCAAAGAAAAGGAGCUCGCCAAUGGGAGAUUGGCAAUGUUGGCAUUCUUAGGGUUUAUUGUUCAGCACAACGUGACCGGGCAAGGGCCGUUCGACAACCUGUUGCAGCAUCUGUCGGACCCCUGGCACAACACAAUUGUUCAAACACUAAGGGGUUACUAGACUAGAUGAUCAAGAUUAACCCGUUGCCAUGAGUGAUGUGGUUUUGAGUGCGUGCGUGUGUGAGAGAGAGAGAGAGAGAUCAUCUGAGCUUUAAUGUGUACAAGCAAGCUUCAAUGUACAGGGAAGUAAGAUGGCACUACAAUUUCAUCUACCAA